CAAGAGGCAACGUGUGUGUGUGUGUGGGGUUAACACGCAACCCUGCGAACAGCCAGAGUGUUCCGGAGCUUUCUUCUCCGUCGCUUCUGAUACAAAAGGAUUCAUUAAUGAACUGCGUGAUUUAAACCAACAGGAUUGUAACUGUUACAUACAGUGUGGGACUCUGGGACUAGGACACAGUAGUUCAGAGCAUCAGUUGAGGACCAUGUGGUGGAUGAGAGACACGGGACCAGAGAGGACCCCAGUGAAACCACUGCUCUGCUACAGUCACAGCUGAAUCAUGGGGAAUGUGGAAAGUCAGAAUGGUGACAGCAGUUUCUACGGAAACGAGAAAGGUCACCUGUCCCGAAAGCACACGUCCCGAUCCCUCCGCCUCUCCACCAAGCAUCAGCAGCAGAAUCCCAGUCGACGCUCCCUACGACCCUCGGCAGGAAAGUCGGAACACCGGAAUUCCGAAGCCAGCACCCGCUCUUCCAGUACGCCCAGUAUCCCACAAUCCUUAGUGGAGAACGGCCUGGAACCUUUUAACCAGACAGACGAGCUGAGGGAGUUUGGAAUCAACCCUCAUUGGACUGACCGCGUCGCCAUGACGAUGAGUCCUUCCGAGUCCUUCCCGCACGACGACGACGACCUCACCGGUGACCCCUCUUUAGCCACGCCCACUCCAGAAACCUCCGAGGUCGUUCUGGAAUGCGAAGGCGCUGAGGAAGAAGGAGCGACGACGUACCCGGCAGAAGGGGACGACGCGGAGAGAGAGACGGACGGAGAGGUGCGGUACCUCCAGAGGGUGAACGAGGGACCGAGGGAAGAAGGAAGUUGUAAGAAGAAGAGGUCUAAAUCAGCGGACAUGUGGAGAGACGACAGUCAGGAGUUCUCUCUGUCAGAUCUCAGCCAGGACCACCUCACCUCCACUGAAGAGAUUAUAGAUGGAGGAGAGGAAGAGGAGGGGGAAGAGGAAGAGGAGGAAGAGAGAGCCAGUUCCAGAGGAACAGCAGGUUCUGCAGAGAGAGCCUCAUCACUAGACCACCUGUGCAGCGAGCGCAGCCAGCCGGUUCUGCGAGGAACACAUAACCGCUACGCCAAGAACCACCGGGACGGGGAACUCACCACCCACAGAGGAAGGGAUGGAGAGGGGGAUGAAGGGCUGAUCUCGCCCCAGGAGGAGGAGGGAAGCGGGUACGGGGCCUUCACGCUGCCCUGUCGGAGGUCCCACUGUCUGUCUGAAGGUCUGUCAGGACACCAGGUGGUACCGUGUCCGACUUUCCAGGGCCGAAGGGCACAGACGACACAGGACAUAUCGGGCGUGCUGGGAGAGGGCAGUGAGUACGGCGAUAGCGGCAUCGACGGGGUUGCCACGGAGACGGACGGGGAAGUGGGGCCGGGGUCACGGCGGCGCUGUAAGGCCAUGUCGGCCUCGUUCUCCGUCUACUCCGCUGCCGGGAGCAGCGCGUUUAACGGGAGUGACAGCGGGAGCAGCAGUGGAGGAGGAGAGGGAGGAGGAGGAAGAGGAGGAGAGGGAGGAGGAGGAAGAGGAGGAGAGGGAGGAGGAAGAGGAGGAGGAGGAGGGGGAAGAAAAGGAGGAUGGGGAAUGUAUGAGAACUUGCAUCAGGACUUUGAGAAUCAACACUGGACUCGUCGAGAGCGUGACUGCACGGAGGAGGCGGGCUCAGCUGAGAGUGACGAGCGUAGCAGCGGCACGCUGAGCACGGCUUACCCAUCAGACGCUCUCAUUGGCUGCUGUGCGCAGGGCACGGUGAGGAAGGCGGGAGCUCUGGCAGUGAAGAACUUCCUGGUUCACAAGAAGAACAAGAAGGUGGAGCCAGCCACCAAGAGGAAGUGGAAACAUUACUGGGUUUGUCUCAAAGGAUGCACUCUGUUCCUGUACGAGACUGACGGGCGGUCGGGGAUCGACCAUCAUAGUGUUCCUAAACACGCGGUGUGGGCUGAGUACAGUAUCCUUCAGGCCGUACCAGAACACCCCAAGAAGGACUUUGUCUUCUGCCUCAGCAACUCUCUAGGGGAUGCAUUUCUCUUCCAGACGUCGGGCCAGACGGAACUGGAGAAUUGGAUCACGGCGAUCCACUCAGCGUGCGCGGCUGCCGUUGCUAGGCAACAUCACCGGGAGGAUACGGUGCGGUUGCUAAGGACAGAGAUCAGGAAACUGGAGCAGAAGAUAGACAUGGACGAGAAGAUGAAGAAGAUGGGAGAUAUGCAGCUGUCUGCAGUGACAGAUAACAAGAAGAGAAAGACUAUUCUGGAACAGAUCUUCCUGUGGGAGCAGAAUCUAGAGCAGUUCCACUUGGACAUGUUCAGGUGUCGUUGUUACCUGGCCAGUCUGCAGGGAGGGGAGCUGCCCAACCCUAAACGCCUGCUAGCCGUGGCCUCCAGAGCCACCAAACAGGCCAUGGGACGCCUGGGAAUCUUCUCGGUGUCUUCCUUUCAUGCGCUUGUGGCGGUGCGAACAGAGAGCGUGGUGAGGAAGCGGUCCCAGGCUAUGCCCCGCCCCUCUAGUAAACGUCGGAGUCGCUUCUCUUCCCUCUGGGGGCUGGACACCACAUCUAAGAAGAAGGUUAAAGGUCGACCCAGCAUCAACCAGGUGUUUGUUGCUGGGGGGGGACCAGUGAUCAAACCAACGGAGAGAAUGUUUGAAGAUACGACCAGUGAGAAAUCGAAGGAGGAGGCUUCAUUGAAAAUGAUUCCCCAGGACAGCGUGGACAGUGAGAUUUGGGUUCCUGACUACCUGGCCCCAUCCUGGGUGUGUCUACCUAACGACCAGCCUGUGCUUGUCGUCAUUCAACCAGGGGAGACUGCAGAAGAUACCCUGGACGCUGUCUGCAAGGCCCAUAAACUGGACCCGUCUAACUUCUACCUGCGUCUGAAGGUGUGUGUAGAGGAUCAGCUGCUGCUAUAUGUUCCCAAAAUGGAAGAAGACAUCUCUGAUCUGCUCUACAAAGAGAUAGAAAUAUGUCCCAAAACCACCAAGCUGAUCCGCUUCGACAAAGCUGAGUCCUGCACGUUGGGAUACGGUUUCUCCAUAGCAGUAGUAGACGAGGAGGGGACUCAGCAGCUCCAUAUCACUGAAGUAAAUGCAGGAGGACUGGCUUCUGCUAAAGGCCUGCAUGCGGGUGAUGAGAUCCUGUUGUUAAAUGGUAAACCAGCAUCGGCUCUGGGCGUGGUGGAUAUGAGGUCAGCGUUAGUCGGCCCCUCGUUGUCCCUGAGCGUGAGCACCCUGCCGACACUUGACCCUCGCGACCUCUGCCCUUUUCCCCCUCGACGCUCCAACACAGCGGAAUACGACACUUGUACAGACAUCUAUUCCCAGAGCCAAGAGGACAUUCUGGAUGAGGUAUCAGGGUUGACGGUGGUCAGUCCAGAUGAUACUUUAGAGGAUGAGUCAGUUCUGGAUCUGGAGAAUUCAGGACACAACCAGGCGGACUACACUGAGCCAGGACAGAAGAGUACUGAGCAGGUGACUGCAUACUGCCGGAGUCUCCAUGAGAUGAAUCCUUCCCAUGCUUCCCCUCAGUCUUCCUCGUCCUGCUCUUCCUCCCUCUCUCCCAGCCAAGCGAUGCCAGUGGCGGCGGGCAUUGCCAUCCAGCGACAGCUGUCACACGCCGACAAACUACGUAAAGUCAUCAGUGAACUGGUGGAGACUGAGAGGACCUACGUCAAGGACCUGGGCUGUCUGAUAGAGCGUUACCUAACUCCUCUGCAGAAGGAAAGAUUCCUCACCCAGGAUGAGCUCGAUGUCCUGUUCGGUAACCUAGGAGAGAUGCUGCAGUUCCAGGUUGAGUUCCUGAAGACUCUAGAAGAUGGGACCAGACUGGUAGCCAACCUGGACAGGCUGGAGAGAGUAGAACAGUUUAAGAAAGUGCUAUUCUCUCUGGGUGGAUCGUUCCUGUACUACGCCGACCGCUUUAAGAUCUACAGCGCUUUCUGUGCCAGCCACACCAAGGUGCCCAAGGUCCUGGCCAAAGCUAAGACAGAUGCAGACUUCAAGGCGUUCCUGGCAGAGAGGAACCCGAAACAACAACACUCUUCAACCCUGGAGUCCUACCUGAUUAAACCCAUCCAGAGGAUCCUGAAGUACCCACUACUACUGAGAGAGCUGUACUCACUGACAGACCCGGACAGUGAAGAACACUAUCACCUGAAUGUUGCGAUGAAGGCCAUGAACAAGGUGGCCAGUCACAUCAAUGAGAUGCAGAAACUUCAUGAGGAAUACGGAGCCGUGUUUGACCAGCUCAUCAACGAGACGACCGGCGACCGGAAGGAGGUAUCCGAUCUAUCCAUGGGAGAUCUUCUCCUCCACUCCACCCUGGUGUGGAUCAAUCCUCCAGCCUCCCUGGUCAAGGGCAAAAAGGACCCUGAGCUGGCUACCUUCGUGUUCAAGACUGCGGUGGUCUUUGUGUACAGAGAUCGCUCCAAGCAGAGGAAGAAGCUCGGCGCGUCUCAUCGUCCUGCUGUGUCAGAUGACAGAGUCCCGUUCCUUUUCCGUCACAUGAUCUCAACAGACUCCCUACAAGUCCGCGCCCUCACAAACUCUGAGGGUACAGCGGUGUGUGAGAUAGUUCACGUGAGGUCAGAGUCUGAGGGGAGACCAGAGAGAACCUUUCACCUGUGCUGCAGUUCUGUGGACAGUAAGAAGGACUUCCUGAAGACAGUCCACUCCAUCCUGAGAGAUAAACAACGACGUCAGCUGAUGAAGACAGAGUCUCUACCCCCCAACCAGCAGUAUGUCCCCUUCGGAGGAAAACGCCUCUGUAACCUCAAGGGAAACAGACCGGCCAUGAACAGAGCAGUCUCAGCUCCGUCUCGGACCCUUGGUCGCAGGAAGCUGGUUAGGAACCGAUUCACCAUUGACACCGACCUGGUUCUCCAUGACAACCACGAAGACUCUAACCCCACCCACUCUACCCAUGACCAUUCCCACCAGCCUCCACAUUCCCACCAGCCUCCACAUUCCCACCAGCCUCCACAUUCCCACCAGCAUCCACAUUCCCACCAGCAUCCACAUUCCCAUAACCCCCUGCUUCCUACCCAGACGCCUCAGCAGCAAACGCUGUUGGCGACUGGAGGCGACACGGACCGCUGGGUGGAAGAACAGUUCGACCUGGGUUGCUACGACGACCAGGGAGGAGUGACGGGGGAGAGGAGGAUGGAGGGAGGGAUAGAGGGAAGGAUGGAGGUGAAAGAGACGGACAUUCUGAGCGACGACGACGAGUACUGCAAGUCAGUCAGGGCUUCAUCAACCGAACCCAGCCUCCUGGAAGAGAGGAUGGAGGGAGCGACUCUAGCAGAAAGGAGCCAAGACCAGGACAGAGGGGUAGACGAGGAGGAGGAGGAGGAGGGAAAGAAAGAGGUAGAGGAAGAGAGGAGGAGCUCCCAGGGCAUUCUCCAAGAGGACGAGAGGGAUGAAAGGGCAGUGUCACAAGUAGACUCUGUCUCCCCCGCCCCUCCCCCCUCACGGUCCCCCGCCCCCCCGGUGAAGCUUACCCCACUCAGGAAGCAAUGGGCUGCAGAGGGAGUGGCCGGGAAGCAGUGUUCCGUGGAGGGAGUGGCCAAGAGGGACCACUGUGAUGUCAUCUGGGUGCGACGCGAAGACUACGCCAACGGAGGGAACAACGACGUCUUCUGAGACUGAGGGAGGGAUGAACAACAGAAAGAGAGGAAGAGAAGAGAGGGAUCAACGCCUUCUAGGGAGAAGAGGAUAUGACAGACGGGACAUGACAGACGGGAUAUGACAGACAGGAUAUGACAGACGGGACAUGACAGACGGGACAUGACAGACGGGAUAUGACAGACGGGACAUGACAGACGGGACAUGACAGACGGGAUAUGACAGACGGGACAUGACAGACGGGAUAUGACAGACGGGACAUGACAGACGGGACAUGACAGACGGGAUAUGACAGACGGGACAUGACAGACGGGAUAUGACAGGCGGGAUUUGACAGACGGGAUAUGACAGACGGGAUUUGACAGACGGGACAUGACAGACGGGACAUGACAGACGGGAUAUGACAGGCGGGAUUUGACAGACAGGAUAUGACAGACGGGAUUUGACAGACGGGAUUUGACAGACGGAAUAAGACAGACGGGAUUUAACAGACGGGAUUUGAAAGACGGGAUUUGACAGACGGGAUUUGACAGACGGGAUAAAACAGACGGGAUUUGAAAGACAGGAUUUGACAGACGGGAUUUGACAGACGGGACAUGACAGACGGAAUUUGACAGACGGGACAUGACAGACAGGAUAAAACAGAUGAUUAAGACAGACGGGAUUUGACAGACGGAAUAAGACAGACGGGAUUUGACAGACGGGAUUUGACAGACGGGAUAAAACAGACGGGAUUUGAAAGACGGGAUUUGACAUACGGGAUUUGACAGAUGGGAUUUGACAAACGGGAUUUGACAAACGGGAUAUGACAGACGGAACAAGACAGACAAGAUAUGACAGACGGGACACAAAUGUGACUGCUGAGUUCGUUCACACAAGCUUUAAAAAUGAGGUUUUGGAGGAGGGACGAAGGACCCCUGUCGAUGUAAAAACUAUCUCCCCUCACCACCCCACGGGUGUAUUCCCUAGGAACCAAACAGAAGCAAACAGGUUAGGGACUAACCUGAACUUAAGGAACACUCGUUUUCAUUUACGAAACGUUUUCCAUUACAAAACGAUUUGCACUAAUGAAUACAACCCAUCGCCCACCUUCUCCUGACAAUCCUACUGUCUUCUACUUAGUGACAGACUCACAGUCUCACAAUGCCUCAACUGAACUGCUAUCAGAUGGGAGAGAGAGGCCGCACACGCAAACACACUGAACUAUAAUAUCACUGAACUACAAUCUAUUUGCCAAAAAAAAAAAAAAAAAAAAAGUUUAUUUUUCAAACGCAGGAAUGAUGAGUCAUAUUUUUUGCUUCUCUGACUUAGAAACUGUGUUUGUUUGUUUGUUUGUUUGUUUGUUUGUAUGUUUGUAUGUAACACUCAAGGGCUGUGUGUAACUUCGAAACCUUGUCUGCAUCUCAGAUGCUACCGUAUCGUGUACCCUUUUUAGUGCACUGUUUUCCACCCCGGACCCAUAGGGUUCGUAUCCUAAACCUCGUCUUCAGGGGCUACAGACUGCUGUGUAAUAUACUCCAUAGAGAUAGCUAGAAGACACAACUUGGAUAUAAAUACACAAAGAUGAGAUCUCUUUCCAUCUCUAUGGUGUACAACCCUGUUAGCUUUACCGCGCGUCUACUGUUCUGCUCGAUUAUCGGCUGCUGAUAGCACUCAGAGCAACUAUCCAGGCACAAUUAUAGCUUAUUGUCUUUUCUAAAAUAACAUUCUUUUUUUAUUCACGGCUACCAACAUAUUUGUUCACAUCUUGAUUUUGUUGACUACGGGGAAAUAAUUAACUAAACAAAAUAUUUUUGGUGUUUUAUUUCUGUUUACAUGACAUCCAGUGUUACUCACUCCCUGACCCUCACAUGGGACAGGAUAUGACAUCAUAAUAGUAAUAAUAUGACUUCCUGUUUUACUUGAAUUUUCUUUGGAGUUUUGUUUGAAAGGAAAAUGUUUGACAGAACACCUGCUGUUACUGACUGCAAAGCAGGAUCGAUGAAUUAGCCAGCUGACAUUGAUUAUUUAUUUUUAAAAAUUAAAAAAGAAGGAAAUAACCAUCAUUUUUCUGGUUCAGCUAAACUUAGAUCCGUGUUUUUUGGUUCUUGAGUAAAUUAGACCAUGCCCAUUUCAAGCUUAUCUUUAAAGUAAGAAGUUAUUUUAGAAUAAUUAGGCAAGUAAAGCUGGAUAACUCAAUAGAUAUGCUUUUGUAGUAUACCCAUCUGGACUGCUGCCAAUGUCGACCCCACUACUGUGUCACGCUACCUUCAAAAUGCUCCUCAGAACUGGGAAAUACGAGGUUCCCGACUGGGAAGUAAAGAGUUGAACCUCCCAGGUCGGACUUCCAAGUGGAAAAGUCUGAGGUCAUUUUGAGUUAUGUCAGACUUAUCACUUUCUAACUGGGAAAUGUUUCAGUUCCAACGAGCAUUAGCUUCUGACUAACUCUUACAGGAGUUAUCCUUAGCUUCUGACUAACUCUUACAGGAGUUAUCCUUAGCUUCUGACUAAAGGAGUUAUCAUUAGCUUCUGACUAAAGGAGUUAUCAUUAGCUUCUGACUAAAGGAGUUAUCCAUAGCUUCUGACUAAAGGAGUUAUCAUUAGCUUCUGACUAACUCUUACAGGAGUUAUCCUUUGCUUCUGACUAAAGGAGUUAUCCUUAGCUUCUGACUAAAGGAGUUAUCAUUAGCUUC